GUGAUCUAGAUAUUUACUGUGUGUCUGCUGUAUCUGAGAAAAUGUGGCCGCAGCUUGUCACAUUACAUUCUGACAAGAAAUCGAGGAAGACAUGCUGACUGUCAACACAAAAAAGCAGUGCAUUGCUAUCAAGACCAAACUCCAUCACUCCAUCUGAUCUACUCUAGACAUAAAAGCAUCUCUCCAUUAAGUAUCCUCUACUGUUCAGUUGAAAAGAAAACUAUACUGCACAGCUUAAGCCAAACCAAGCGACCAGACUACAGAAGUAAGAUUUGCUAGACUAUGAAAAUAAACCAGUUCCUGUCUCUCUGGUGGUGUAGCUCAUUUCCUAUAUCUUUGUUGUGAGACUCUUUCUGUUAAGACUGUUCGUCUCACAGAUAUGGAGUUUUUGAUGACAGAGGCAACUUACAAACUUCUUAUAGUUUUAUGCAUGAUACGAGGAACGUAUGGAGUGCUUAUACAUCAUAACGUGUCCGUAACUGCUGUGGAGGGACAGAACAUCAGCCUGCCAUGCUAUGUGGGCGAGGAGCAUGAAAUCACAGUUAUCCAGCUGGAAUGGUUUAAACAGCCAAAAGGAAAUGAGAAGAUCGAUCAGAAGAUUGUGGUGUUCCAUCCUUUAUUGCCAGAACAUUACUUUCAAUCUGGUCCUCUUCUGAAGAAGAUGACCAGUUCAAAAACUGGAAAGCUACAGGGCUCUAUCCUGACCCUCUAUGAAGUUAACAUGAAAGACAGUGGAAACUAUAUUUGUGAAAUUACUUCUUAUCCUAAUGGCUCGAUUAAAAGAACUACAAAGCUACAGGUCACAGAGGCUCCAGCAUCAGUGAAGAUGUCACAUCCAUACAGAUUCAUAAAAGAGGGAGAUGAAGUGAAAAUAACUUGUUCAGCAACUCCUCCACCACUCCGUUAUAAACUUAGACGGUCAAAGGACAAGCUAUUAUCGACGGAAAGCUUGAAUGGAGAAUUCAUUUUACCAAACGUCACCAGAGACAACAGCGAUCUGUACAUCUGUUUACCUGAAUGGGAAUCAGUUGUCCAAAAUCAGCAAGGUCUCAAUACCACAAUGGAACUGACUGUGAAUUUUCUUGAUGACAUUGAGUGUAACACAAGCAGCCCUUUAAACAUAAUUUCUGGUGAGGAUGUGGCGAUUUCUUGUAUUGCAAAAGCAUCUCAGCACUUGCAAUAUAAGUGGAUGAGGGGUGACACAACACUGUCUCUCUCAGACACUUUGUCUCUGACUUCCAUGACAUCUAACCUGUCAGGAACAUACAAAUUGACAGCUGUCUUUCAGAACAACCAGCUCCAGAGAGACAGAGAGUUUUCUAUCCAUGUUCUCUCAAAGCAAAGCGAAGGUUCUGUUUCCAGUUUCCAUACUGUCUUUUGUAUGAAAGUCCUGUGACAGCCAAUUAGUGGCAACCACAAGAUGCCAGUUAUCCACAAUUAUGCCAGUUAUCUUCAUUUGAGUGGUGCCAACCUCAUUAUCAUUUGGAUUCAGCCUUUGAAGAUUUUAGAUGACCCCCAACACCUGUGAAGAGAUGACGACAACCCCUGCAAGGACUUCAGAUGACACUAACUUUGAAUAAACAUGAAAAACUAUCUAUAUCUAUAAUUAUCUAAAAUUAUAUUAUAAUCAUUGUCACAAUAUGUAAUCAUUGCCUUAACAUGUUUCUGCUUAACUGAAUAAUGUUAACCAACCAUACAUCUAUUAUCACUUCUAAGAACCAUGCAUUUCUGCCAUAUGGACAUUACAUUGACAGUCAUUUCUGACAUAACAGAUUUCUCUUCAUAGUAAUGGAAACAUGAAUUUUAUGUAAUGCUGCUUUGAAGCUAUAUGUAUUGUUAAAAGUGCUUUUUUGUGUGAUUUUGCUUCAACACCUGUUAACUAUGCAUACAUUUGUUGAUCAUUCCCUUAAAUAAAUAUUCUAGAUAAUUCAUUGCAUCCUA